UGUUUUAAACUGCGCUUGUCUGAUUCCGCUGUCAUGGUGCAGCUGUAUGUGUUUGCUGUGAGCUUUAAUAAUAGAAGUUUGGUAGCAGGACGUGGAUUGAACCUCUUUAAUUCAUCAUUAUGAAGCUUCGUGUUCGGAUCCAUCGGCAGACCAGCAGGGUGGACUUGCCGGGAGAAGAACCCAGUGUGACUGACCUCAGAGACCACAUCAAGGAGACGCUCCUGUGCUCGCUGCAGAUCAGUGCAGACACAGAGUUCAGUUUGUCUCUGAACGGCUCAGAGCCUCUCACAGACGCCGGACAGACUCUGUCGUCCUGCGGCAUCGUGUCCGGAGAUUUGAUCUGCGUCAUCCUGCCCGAGUCUGCAGCCGCCGACAUCCCAGACUCCUCCAUGGAGAGCGUAUCCUCCUCCACCAACACCACCUCUGCAAACUCUGUCAGCUCGGGAACAAGCAGCACUGAGACCCAGAGACACACGGCAGAGAUGUCUUCCUCCCAGCCCGGCGGCAGCAGUAGCGUCUCUGCAGACUGCGAGCAGCUCGCCACGGCGUCCUCCUCCUGCUGGGAGCCGAUGCUCUGCAGCGAGGCCGAGGAGGGUCAGGCUCCUCUCUCACUCGAGCUCCUCUACCAGUCGGCCCAGACCGCCGGGCCCAGCGACGCCGUCAUGGUGGCCGCCAACCAGCUUAUGUUGGAGACCGGGUUUGUUCCUCAGGGCUGUGGGCUGAAAGCUGCUGAGAUGCCUGCAGGUUGGAGGUCAGCUGGUGGAGUUUACAGACUGCAGUAUGUUCACCCUCUGUGUGAGAACAGCGUGGUGUCUGUGCUGGCGUUGUGUAUGGGCCCCGUGCUCGUCAUCAACGCGACUCUGAAGGUGAACGAAACCGUCGACACAAUCCCCAAACUGACCCUGAACCCCCGCAGCUACGUGACUGACCUGUACCCAGGAGACGGUGCAGCCGCAGCUUUUAAAGACCUGAAGAAACUGUCCCGGAUAUUUAAAGACCAGCUGGCGUACCAGCUGAUCGCUGCAGCCAGAGCAGCGAUGUCUCUGCCCGUGGCGUUCGGUCUGGCCGCUCUUCCUCCUGAACUCACCCUCAGGAUCCUCCGGCUGCUGGACGUCACCUCUGUGGUCAGACUGUCGUCCGUCUGCAAACACUUGAACAACGCCACAGACGACUCCACGCUGUGGAGACACCUGUACCGCAGAGACUUCACAGAUUCAGAUCCAAGCAGACCCAGAGACUCGGACUGGAAGCAGAUCUACAAACGCUCCCACAAACAUCGCUCUGAACUCUCGUCUGUCUCACCCCCGAUCCCUCCCUCUCUCCCCUGGAACCCCCGCGACAUCUUCCCACCCUUCCCACCCUUCCCCCUCCCGCUCGCCCCUCCUCUGCGCAUCAUCGGGGGUGCUUACGACCAGAGACCCGAGGAGCUCCCCGCGCCUCCUGCCCGGCCUCGCUUCACCCCAUCAGCGCGCUCCGAAAUCCGGAGAGCGACCUCAGGGCGACCCCCGGAGAUAUCGUCCGCUGGGGCGACCUGCAGAC